AAUCGCGUCGCUCGCUGAGAAAGAGAUACAGAGAGAUGUGUCCUCGAGCUGCUCAAACAUGCGAAAUCUGCAAGAACGUUGUAUCCAAAUACAAGUGCCCUUCUUGUCUUGUUCCUUAUCAUUGAUUUCACUUCGUUAUGUGUCCUGCAGCUGCUCAUUGGUUUGUUUCAAGAAGCACAAAGGCAAACAUAAAAUCGGAAUCAGCUCCCUGAUUGAUGUUAAUUUCUACAUGAGACCUUGUGUAUUGGACUUUGUAAUUGAAUUCGACGAGUGUCUCUAUUUGAUUUCGUAUGUUAGCUUCUUGAUCGUACCCCAAGAGAAAGAAAUCUGUUUUGCUUCGAUGAAGUGUUGGCUGAAGAAUCUUGAUUCACUUUGGCUUUGUGUUGACGUCGUUUCUAACUAUACUCCAUGUGCUAAACCUUCAUCAACCGAGGAAAAGCCAGCUUCUCCAGCAAAGGAAGUUACGGGACAUGUAGAGGAAGCGAAGGAUGUUGUAAAAGAGACACAGCUCAAGGCUAUUGGUAUGGUUCUUCCAACAAAUAGCCAGAGAUGGUCGUGUGAACAUGGGGUUUUGAGUCAUUUUGCUGUGUUUUGUGGCUGCAUCUCCAGCAAAGGAAGUUCCGGUGGCAAGACCGAUACGUGUAGAGGAAGAAAAAUAUGUAUUAGAGAAGACACAGCUCGAGGCUAUCGUGAAAUCCGAGAAGCUCUAAAGGAUGAAGCCAUUCGGAAACUCAUCUGCAAUAUUGAUAGUUCUUCCAACCCUUUACUGGAACUCGAUGAAGCCAUGGGAGUAGAAGCUUUCCGCGUAUUCACAGAUAAGAUUCUAUCGAACAUCGCCAAGAGUAAUGACGAGCAA